CGUCGUGGAGUGAAUACAGCUUCGCGUCGCGCUCUCUCGGCUUUCCAAUUUGCCGAGCUAACUUCGUCAGUGUUUGAGUAGAGUUGCAAGACAUCCUAUCCCAGUAGAGAGGUCCUUCAGACGGGAUGUCGCCAACAGCUACGACCCUCGGACCCUGGGACAGCAAGGGUCCUAGCAAGACGGCGGUGGAUGCAGCGUCGUCGAGCAGCUCGGCUAUAGGCUUGGUGAUAGCGUCCGCCUUGGGAGCGGCGGUGCUGCUGCUGCUGGUGUGCUGCUACGUGGUGCGCCGACGAGGCCGCAAGAGGGUAGACGACCGACCCAUCACCCUGCGCCGGCCCACCGCCGUCAGGAACCCAACAAGUCACAGUCACUACCUCAAGAAGUCGCCAUCUCCUACAGGGUGCAAGUCCCCUCCUGGUGGCGCAGAAAAAUCUCCAAACGGAGUAACAAGUCCUGGGGCUCACGUCGACGGCAAGAACUCCAGUUUUAUGGGUCUUCGCAACGCGACGCCGAAACUUCUCUCCCCUACCGAAGAGAAGCGCCAGGACCUCGGCAGUGUCCCUGGGAAGUCUCUUUCCCCCCAGCAGGAGAAAACAUUCAUGGGCACCCGAGUUCAGGUUGAGAACGAGAGCGCCAAGCCUGUGUCGCCGACCUCAAGUGAAGCUGAGCUCAACAACAGGAACAUCAAGAGGAACGACUCUUUGGAACGCCUCGGACAGCUCUACUUCAAACUUAGGUACAAGAGCGACAACGGCGCGCUCAUCGUCACUAUCGUGAAGUGUACAGACUUGCCUCAGUCGGAAGGCAGUCACUCGACCAGCGAUCCGUACGUUAAACUGCAGCUUCUGCCCGACAAGCACCACAAGGCAAAGACCCGCGUUCUACGCAACACCCUGCAGCCGGUCUACGACGAGGAGUUCACCUUCUACGGCAUCUCUGCUAGUCACCUCAAGGACCUGACUCUUCAUUUCGUGGUGCUCAGCUUCGACCGCUACUCUCGAGAUGACAUCAUCGGAGAAGUCGUCACGCCUCUUGCAUCCAUCGACCUGAGGGAGCCACUGACCCUCUACCGCCCCAUCAACCCUCGCUCCAUGAAGAUCCGUUCACAGGGUCGCGGGGAGCUGCUCUUGUCGCUGUGCUACCAGCCGGCGGCUACCCGCCUCACUGUCGUCGUCCUCAAGGCCAGGAACUUGCCAAAGAUGGACAUCACUGGACUGUCAGACCCUUAUGUGAAAAUAUACCUGCUGUAUAAUGGACAGCGAGUGGCAAAGAAAAAAACUCACGUCAAGAAACGGACUGUCAAUCCCGUCUUCAAUGAAUCAUUUGUGUUCGACCUUCCUUCGGGAGCUGAAGACCUCAGCAACGUCAGUUUGGACUUCCUCCUCCUCGACUGGGACCGCGUGACUAAGAAUGAGGUUAUUGGUCGUCUGGAGCUAGGGGGGCCGCGAUGCGUGGGCUCAGCUAAGCACCAUUGGGCGGAAGUCAUCACGUCGCCGCGACGACAAAUUGCAGAGUGGCACAAGCUCAGAGAAGCCCCGAAGUAAGUCGUGAUCUGCUGAUGUGACACUCGCUUGAAACGAAAUCCGGAUGCAGCGUGAGACUGGCGGACCGGCGUCGCCCCGCUGUGCAAUCUAUCGGUCGAAAAAUGUAGAGCAGCUCUGAUGUACUGAACUGUUAUUUGCAUCCGUGUUCUAUGAACGUAAUUUGUGAUUAUAUUGGUAUAUUUCAUCGCUGAGAACUCAUUAGGAGGAAAAUGUUUAACGAUAAAAAUUUUAUUUAAUCUGUGAUAGGACUUUGUUUUAAGGCUUUCCGGAAUUUACUAGAAAAAGUUUUCGUGGAAUUGAAAAUGAGAAUCCGACUGAAAUUUCUGCGAAUAAUCUCAAAGGAAGAGAGAAACCUUCAAUACUUCAUACAUUUCUCUUGACUUCAUUCAAACAAAUAGCGCUCUCCCUAUUUGCUUGGUAAUCAUGAGAAUAUGCAGCAAUUUCCUGCGAAAAAUUCUAACUUUAAUUGAAAUAAUGCGGCGAACAAGAAUGAAAUAGUUAGAUAGCUCUCACAAAUUACCUCAUCAAAUACGUGUUUUUCGCAAACCCAUUUACCUCCUCUACUACUCGGUUGAACCAUCAAUCCUAAAUUCCAUCAUUCGAUCUUUCUUGCACCCAAAUUCGUCGAAUUUCUUUUACAUAUAACGCCCUACCCUUUGAAUUUGUAACCUAUCUCUUGACUUUGUGCGCAAUCUCUUGACUUUGUGCACAAUCUCUUGAAUUUGUGCCCUAUCUCUUGAAUUUGUGCAUUAUCUCUUGAAUUUGUGUCCUAUCUCUUGAAUUUGUGACCUAUCUCUUGAAUUUGUGUCCUAUCUCUUGAAUUUGUUCCCUUUCUUUUUAAUUUGUGCCCUAUCUCUUGAAUUUUUGCCUUAUCUCUUGAAUUUGUGCCCCAUCUCUUGAAUUUUUGCCCUAUCUCAUUAAUUUGUGCACUAUCUCUUGAAUUUGUGCCCAAUCUCUUUAAUUUGUGCCCUAUUUCUUGAAUUUUUCAGCACAAACUAUUGACACAGGACACAAUAUGUGUGAAUAUAUAAUACUGUUUAAUUUUUCCCACGUGAAACGACCAAAUGCCAGGUUUUCCGACAUAAAAAAAAUUGAAAUUACAGUGAAUUGAUCUUUUCAAAGUUAAGCAACUGAACCUUGACAAUAUUCAAGUUAGAAGUUCUAGCUUUCCUCCAAGUAUGAGAAAUAAUCCAUAAUCGAUGUUUGGUAAGUUUCGGUUAAAAUGGCCUUCUGAAGGAUAUAGUUCUUAUUAGUUUAUGUAGUUGAGGAUAAUAUUAGCGUUGUGAAGAAUUAUAAUUGUGAAUUCAACGAGUAAAUGCUUACAUUUUAGUUUUCUUUGUGUAACCAGUGAGUCAUAAGUAUUUUAUCAACCCUAUUAAUGUUAAAUAUUUUGAGGAGAAGCAAGUAAAUGGAAAUAAUAAUCAGAACUGUUUUAAUUGGCAUCAAACAAUGAUGUUGGCUUCUAAUAUGGUCAAGCGGUAGCCUUUGCUAAAGUGCCAAUUUUAAAUGCAGUUUAUUCCACAUUCUACGUGAACAGGGUCUGUUUAAUUACACGUUAUUUGAAAAUUAAUUUUUUAUUGGAGCAGUUAUAAAUGGACUAGAAAAUCAUUAUAUUGCGUUUGCUUUUUAUAAAUUUUAUUUUCCAGUUUUUAUUGAGAAAUAACCGGUUAGUGACUCAAUGUUUGAAAUUAUGAAUAAGCUGACUUUUUUCAAUAUCUCUGUGAUAAAUUAAGAACGAUUAGAUGCUACGGGUCUAAUCUGACGUUCAAUUGAUUCGAUAUCUGUUUAUUUAUUUUCUUUUAUUUCGAUUGAGCCACCAUUUUUUCUAAUGCAUUAAAUCUCACAAAAAAUUAAAUUUUAAUGUAUGAAUUAUCCAAAGUAUAUAUUUAUAUAUUAGUGACCAACAGCAAGGAAAUUUAGUUUGAAUAUCUUUUUUACUUUGCUGAUCGGAAUUACCUUCAAGUCUCGCAUGUUUGUAGAGCGCCGUUGUGCUGUUCCUGAAGAAGCACAUUUUGACACGAUUCUUUAAUUUUAUUCGAUGAAAAAGGUUUUAUUUCUCCCAGCAGGGUUCUAAAUCAAGAGCACGGCGCAGAUGAACCUGUUGGAGAUGCUCUUUAUUAUUAUUUAUUUAAGGUCUUUAUUGUACAUUUUUCCAUUGUUAUCCGUGUGCCGAGCACUUUUCCCCAAGUUUAUUUAGAUUCUCUCGGCUGGACGAGACGAUGAAUGAUAUGAUUGACUACUGGGUUUUGUACUGGAAACCGUAACAAUCCUAAAAUUGAGCGAUGUGUCAUUAAUGUUACGAUUGUAAUGAAGUGAGGAAGUUCCAUUUAUUAGUCGUUAAAUUAUCGUUUUUCUUGACACACCAGGCCUUAAGUUUAAACUGAGGCUCACAUCACGUGGAGGUUCCUUGCUCACUAGAAUAUUGGACUGUGAUGCAUGAAAAUAUUGAUAACUUUCAUCCUAUUCAAAUUUCAUUCCAAUCACGUAGCAAACCAUUUGAUUUGCGGACUUUCAAUCAUCACCGGACUCGAAAAGUUACUAAGUGCCAACACAUCACAAAUCUCUGAUGUCAUUACCCUGCAGGAAAAUGCACGCUUAUUAAGGCGAACAUGAGCGUGCAGUUUGUAAUUGGCUUACAAAGCUGCUCCACAUUAAGUUGGCUUACACAUAUUAAAAGCUUUGGUUGUUGCACUGUAGUGAAAAAGUUCGCAUAAAACUUCUUCGACUUAGCGAAGAAGCCGCGUACCACUCUGCAUGUGCCAGCUCGACCUCAACGUCAAGGGUUUGGGCCCAUGCAGAGCAUAGCGUUUAGGAAGCGGACAACUCGGGAUCUGUGUGACAUCAUUAUAAACCAUAUUUUUGCCAGCUGCAUGAUUGCUCGCGGUACUUACUUUCACCCGUGCUACUCUUAUUCAUGUCUAGCUUUCUGGCUUAACUGAGAGAUGCAAUGAUAUCUGUACUCAUUAAGGUAUUGCUUCAGAGUGACUCUCCUAAAAAUGUUCAGUAAACAUGGAGCUUCAGUUGACAUGUUUUAUAUUCAUGUUUGCAAACUCGUAAUCAAUGUCAUAGUCUACGAUAUAAUCGAGUAGCUCGUUAAGUCUAUUAUCUAGUUUGCUAGCUAGGCAUUCACUUCAUUAUAUAGUAUUUAUUGCGGAGGGUUAAACCAACCUUGUAGACAGACUUUAUUAAUAAUGGCUUAAACCCUCAUUGUCAACUUAUAAAUGUACAGGCCAAAUGUUUACACGAACCCGGAUAGCAAAAUUAUCGAUUUGUUUGCUCUAUUCAGCGAUCAACUUACUAGUUUAUGCGUGUCGCUGUUCCAUGUAACAUGAGUUGACGACAAUUGCGUCUAAUUAUUGAUGGAUUAUAGUAAGGCCUUCUCAUGGUAUACCAAAACCAAUAAGCCUGACGUUGAAUAUCAAUCUACUUGAUAUAGAAUGCCAAUUUACCUGUCGUAGGAUACCAAUUUACCAGACUAAGAAUACUAAUAUAGUUGACAUAUGGUACCAGACUACCUUACGGAGGGUACCGAUUUACCUGAUGUAGAAUACAAUCUAUUUGACUUAAGAUACCGAUCUACUCGACUUUAGAUACCGAUCUACUUGACUUUAGAUACCGAUCUACCUAUUCGCGGGUGAUAUGUCAAAGCAUGCGUUGAAGAAGCGUGUACCUACGGAGCAUAGCGUAGCGCACUGUAAUACAGCUGCUGGGUUGGACUCUACUCAUUAAAUUCAGUAGGCUGGCUGAAUUAUUAUUAGAUAAAAGUUGAAUAAAAAACAGCAACAAAAAGUUUUUUUGGAUGACUGACAGAACCAUACAGCAGGUUAAAAAGGUAAUAGUUAUCAUGAAAUAGACAGAAAAAAACACGUGGAUUAUUGGGUGUGGAAAUAAAUGCAAUAAUAUUCUUCAUGAUUGAGGACAUUCUACUCAAUAAAAUUGUUGUACAACCAAAAUAUGUAGUGUAAUGGAAAAUUUUGUAAUAUGAGUAGUUACAAUUUAUUUAAGGCAUUUCUUUACGAACUACCUUAUGAUGAUUCUUAAUCGAUUAAGUUUCAAGAGUUUGGUUCUCAAUAAGUCUGAUAUUUCGGGAUUAGUUUGGAGCUGAUGCAGGUCUCGGGUUUAAGAACGGUUAAUGAAAAUUUUACAAUAAUGCACCUUCGAAUCUCAUCGCACAAGUUUUUUUUCGUCUUUGCAAUAUUGCGCCUAAAAAGUUUAUUUUUGCACACUGUAAAUAGAAAUUAUGCUUCAUAUAUAGCUACAACUUCCACAAAUUAAUUAGCUCCAUGAAAAUUUCCUUGUCUCGGCUGAUGUAUUCUUUGCCUUUAUGUCCCAUUUACUCAUGCAUAUUAUUGUGUGAUUGUUGAAUAUUAUUCAUCUGUAUAUUGA